AUGUCGAAGGUUCUUAAGAACGUGAUAGUCAAACUUAUUGUCGGAGCAGGUCAAGCUGCGCCUUCUCCUCCAGUUGGUCCAGCUUUAGGGUCUAAAGGUAUUAAAGCUAUUGAUUUCUGUAAAGAGUUCAAUGCCAGAACAGCAAACUUCCAACCGGGUACUCCGAUUCCAGUACUCAUCAAUAUCAAACCAGAUAGAACAUUUUCGUUUGAAAUGAAAAGCCCUCCUACUGGAUAUCUUUUAUUGAAGGCAUUAAGUCUUGAGAAGGGACACGGACAACCAAAUAUCAGUAACCCUGAUAAUGUAUGUGGUGAACUGUCGUUAAAACAUAUAUAUGAGAUCGCCAAGAUCAAGAAGACCGAUGGAAGACACGCUGCUCUGGAACUUGAAGGAAUCGUAAAGUCUAUUAUCGGUGUUGCUAAGAGUAUGGGUAUUAAGGUAGUUCCAUAA